AAACAAUCCCUCAACUGCCCCAGGCCAGUUCCUGUGGCUCCUGGUGGAAUUCACUCAGCAGAUCCGGAUCCAGUAAACAUAAAAGGUCUGGUCCUUGGGUGGGGAGCUGCAUCCUGGAAGAGGCUGCCGAAAACUGCUCCUUCUGCUAGUGCUAAGCGAGGCGCUAUGGCAACAGUAACAGCCCCCUCAGAAGACCCCCAGGACCAGAGAGUCAGCUCCAAAGUCAAGGGCCUUGAGACAGACCUGGAGACCAGCUCAGAUGGAAAGCCAGCUCGCCAUCAGAAGACCAUCCCCAAAGCUCACCUAACUUUCGUUAUCGACUGUGCUCAUGGGAAACAGCUGUCCCUGGCAGCGCCCCCAGCACCACUCCGAGCUCUGAGUCCCAACCUAGGAUCUGUCAUCCCUCCAAUGAAGACCUACAUCUUGUUCUGUGGGGGAAACCAGCCUCAUCUGACUCAGGAGGCACCCACAAGUGAUGGGGGCCUUGCCCAGGCCACGGGCACCCUGCCACCCUGCAGAGAAACUGUAGCCCCAGCUGCCUCCCCAGCCAGCCCACCCUCCCUCCCGGAGGUUCCUGAAGCCAAGGGGAGCCCUGUGAAGAGGUCUUCAGCUUGGGGAAGAGUCAUAGGCUCACUUAAAGCCCUCUCUUCCUGUGUCUGCGCGCAGACUGAUUAACCGGAAGGGGCUGGCUGUGAGAGGAAGGGGCUGGCACCCCAGGCUCCGGGGCACAGUGGAUGCAAUUUCCAGGGUCCACUCCCUCUUCCCCAGCCAAGCAGAAGUCUUUUGUGCUUGAGCCAAGGAAGGGACAUCAGAUCCCUAAAGGCCAUCUGAAACGGGACGCACUCAAGAGUAUCCUAUGUACUCCUUCCUUUCUGUCUUUGUUAGCCUUUCAUUGGAAGCAGGGUAAGGCACCGCCACAUGGAAAGAGACUAACUCAUUCCCACAGCAAAUUCUAAUGCAGCAUGUUCCACGUGCCGGGCCCUUCAAAGCCUAGAGAAGAUAUAGCUUUCUUGGAGCUAGUAUUCUUGGAGGUGGGGGAGAAAGGUUAAACAACUGAAUAAAGAUGGUUUUGAACAGUGUAA